AUGCAGGACGCGUCGCGUGCAGAGCUUCGCCGCGGGGAAUCCCGUGCGUGGCUGGGGCUAGUGCAUGUGGCGCCGCGGCCGAGACGACAAGCAAGGCGCUUUGCUGCAUACUCUCUGCUUUGCUGCAUCGUGGCUGCGCAGCGAGGAUCCGCGUUCAGUCGUCUGCGUGUUGGGGUCGUACUUGGUCGCGCCGCGCCGUGCUGGGCGAGGCGGGUACAACUGGAGGCAGCUGCUGACGUCGCAGCCGAGGAGUCGGGUAUCAGCCAGUUUGACCAUGUUCAGGUGUAUCAUUUUGUGAGGGCGGCGGGCCGAGGGGCCGCCGGCCAUGGAAUACUUCGUGCUCUUCUUCCCCGUCCUCGUGGAGAUGGACGCCCUGGCGGCGGCGACGCCCACGACGGCGGAGCCGGGAGCGCCUGUGGUGGCGGCGGCGGCGGCGGCGGCGGAGGGCGAUAG